UCUAUUUUUUUAGUGGAUGUUUAAAGUACAAGAAAAUACUGAUUAAUGUCGGAUCUUCUGAUGAGUGAAUCAUAAUACAAAAUGAAUGUUCAAACAAAUGGAACGUUUAUGUACAAUGUCAAAGACUCAAACUCUUCUGUACAGAGUUAUGAAAACGAAUCUGGAUUUCUGGAGGAUUAUCGAGUUUCGCCUGCUCUACAGCAGCAGGAUGAAUUCCCGUUAGCUACAGUGGUGCCUCUGGCAGUUUCAUUGGGACUGUUAAUUUUGUUCACUGUGAUUGGCAAUGCAUUCGUUUUGGCGGCCAUAUGUCGAGAGCGCCACUUGCAGACAGUGGGUAACUAUUUGGUUUUUUCUCUGGCCGUGGCAGACCUGAUGGUAGCAUGCCUGGUGAUGCCACUAGGGGCACUGUACGAAGUGACUGGCAGACGAUGGGUUCUUGGUGCUCAAUUGUGUGAGGUGUGGACUUCUGGAGAUGUUCUUUGCUGCACGGCAUCUAUCCUGCAUCUAGUAGCUAUUGCUCUAGACAGGUACUGGGCCGUAACAAACAUCGAUUACGUGCGCCACCGCAGCGCCUGGAGGAUUGGAGUUAUGAUCGCCCUCAUAUGGGGCGUUAGCUUCCUCGUCUCCUUCGCCCCCGUCUUCGGAUGGAAAGACGACGGAUUCCUGCAGAGAAUACAGGAAGACAAACAAUGUUUAGUGAGCCAAGAUGCAGGGUACCAGAUCUUCGCCACCUGUUCCACUUUCUACGUACCACUAGUGGUGAUUCUUCUCCUGUACUGGAAGAUAUAUCAGGUGGCUAGGAAAAGGAUUCGUCAUAAGCCGGGCCACAGCGUCCGGCCAGCAACUUUUCUUCCAUUGGUCGCCAACAAUUCUUCUAUGAAUAGCACUGCCUUCAAUAACGCGAAUGAGGCGGUAAGCUUUUCCUGAUCUUUAAACUAUGAAACACAACAACCUUCUAUCUCAUCGGUAGUCGGGUUAACUUCCAAACUACUUGAAGUGAAAAGUAAACUUGAAGUGAUACCCCAGACGGAAGUCAAGAAAAAAACCCGAGAGAGUAUUGAAUCGAAAAGAGAGCGCAAAGCGGCAAAGACAUUGGCCAUCAUCACAGGUGUUUUCGUCGUCUGCUGGGUUCCAUUCUUCGCCACCGCCUUGCUGAUGGCGCUGUGCGCAACCUGCCAGCCGGACCCGUGGCUCUUCUCGCUCUUCCUUUGGCUCGGAUAUGCCAAUUCCACUCUGAACCCUCUAUUAUACACCCUUUUUAGUCCUGAUUUCCGGAAAGCUUUCGCAAGAGUACUCAGAGGAAGGAAGAAACCGAAAUAAUAUGGAAACGAUGUUAUGCAAAUGACUGUUUUAUCAGCACAAAUUUAGUGUACCAAGUGGUUGAGACUUUAAAAUCUACUAAAAAACAAUAGCUUUUUUCACUGGCAUUCAGAGAAAGUAACUAGAAAACCAUAAUGUCUCUUCUACUUGCUGAUGAGUAUUGUUCAACAUACAUGUAUAAAUCAUAGCUAAUUUUAAUUCUGUUCACGCCUAGUUACAUAUAAAGUGGGGCUUACUUAUGUUUAUCUAGCGUACGGAUGUGAAAAAUGACAUUUGUAAAGGAAGAGUUCAUAUUCCAACACUAAAUCUAGCAUUGACUCUCAAAAGAACUUAGUACUUAUUUCAUCAACCCUAAUGUUGACUGUGUCGACCAUGACUGUAUUGAACCAGGAUUGCUAGUUUGAGUAGUUCAGUAAGUUGACCCCCCCCCCCCCCCCCCCAAUGACACAGUCUACACUUUAAACCAUCGGCUACGCAAACAUGUUGGGGGAAAGAUACUAAGAACGUUUUGAAAUAUUUGAUCUGCGCGAAUAUGUGUAUCAAGUGACUGCCACUGAAAAAGCGAUAGCAAAUCAUGAAGAUAUUUUGAUUAUUUCAAUUAAAUACUCCCUCUGGAUUUGAGUAUUCUUUAAACUCUUUUCCAAAAGAUGACAUAUGCUAGAAAAACAGUUUAAAUUUCAUAUUUUUCAUUUAGCUUCAGAAAAAAAAAUUAAUAAUCACAUAUUGAUGAAUGCUGGAAUUUGAAGAACACAUUUGAAUAAAUAUUUAGUAUACGGAUUUGUUGCAGCACUUAUCACACUGCAUGCCAUGUUCCAACGAGCAAAAAAAUCAGAAAUUAUAAUUAGCGUUACUUACAAGAGUAUCACUAAUACAAGGUUUACCCUUCAAUUCAAAUUGAAAAAAAUAGCUAAAGUGUUAUUGUAUCUUUUGCAAUACUCUUAACUGUAAAUUAUGUUGUUUUCAUCUGUUUGACAUGGCAAACCAUCUAAACUUUACGGAUGACCUGACAUUUAAACAACACUUGGCCAACACAGUCCUUUUGGAUUAAACGACAUAACAGUCACCAGCGGAUGGCUCCGCCGUCGCCCAAAGAAGCUACAAUGACACCAUGAACGGAUUUGUGCUGAAACAGCUAUCAUAACCAAAAACAACCACAAACGAACCUGACAUCCCCAAAAUUAUUUGCUUGGAGACACCAACGUCAUCAGUAGCUGUCCAAUGCAGAGCAAAACUGCUGCACAAGAAAAGCAACAAGUGGCUCCGCGUAGAGUAAAACACGUGCUCUUUUUUUCAUUGAAAUUGUAUCAGUGUAUCAGUUGUUAUUGAUGAACUAUAUAAUCGACUUCAAAUUAUCAUUUAUGUUAAUAAAUAACAUUUUGAUUUGAAUAUGCUGUGAAUUUUAGAUCUGCUUUUGCUUUAGUAAUAUUACAUGAUCCGCUCUUGUUUUGUCUGAUGAAUGCAUAUACAGCUAUCACUAAGAUGAAGCAAGCCUCUGUUUAUAUGUUUUUUU